GAUGCCAUCCAACCAUCUCAUCCUCUAAAAUUUUCCAAAUUACUUUAAGUGUAUUGUGUCAGAUUCAGGUCAUGAGACCUCGGUCCUUUUCUUGUCAUUAUUAUGUACUAAAAGUAUUCUCUGGUGCUUAGUAAAUAAUUUGCACACUAUUUCGGUGUGCACUUGGUAGGGAUAUUAAUGAUUUUUGUCUUAAAAGUCAGUACUAGGUAGUUUAAGCAAGUGGUCCAGUGUUCAACAGCAUUCUUCCUUCUGUAUGUGAGUUUUUAAUUUAUUGGUCUGUGAGCUACAGUUUUCAACUACGCAUAUGCUCUCUUCAAAUUUCCUUACUUUUUUUGUUUGUUUGGCAAAUACUGAACGAUAGACUGAAUGAUUCUAGAACUUUGUUCUCACAGAUCUCAUUUGUUCAUGAUGAGUACAUUACUCAGAGCUAUUUUCAUACCUGAACUUUUAUGUUUCCCAGUGCCAUUACUUAAAAGUGUUCUUAAUGUUAUACUUUUUAUAUAUUCAUAGAAUUGUAUAUUUUAAUAUCUAUUGUGGAAAAUAGAAAUUAAAUGGUUUUAAUCAAGAUGAUUACAACCAUGAAAGGCAACUUGCCCUUGCUCAGGAAAAUGAAAUGAGAUCUGGAAUCUUUAGGGGCAGGGGUGAGAAUGAUCCCCGACCACCCCAUGCCUGUGAGGCCAGUAACGGUUCCUCUUUCCUGUUCAUUUGUCUUUCCAUGUGCCUCAGGACACAUUCUCGCAUAAUCAAAAGGCAACUGGUAGGGAAAGAUCAAGAUUUUUUAAACUAAGCACAGAACAGAGGUAUUUCUCCAAGGAGGAGGUGGCACUUGGUUCAGGAAAGGGAACUUGGAGGAGAAAGGGUGAUGUACUUUGGGUGUUAGAGAGUGAAAAAGAGCCUGGGAAGCUCGGCAGCAGGAGAGAAGGAGAGCUCUGCCCAUCCUUACCUGGUGGUGCUGUGCUCGGCAGGUGCUGGAAGACACUGUGGGGAUUGACUUGAAAGGGAGGGUUGCACCAACUCGCCUUCCCAUAUCUGCUGUGUGAUGUGUGGGCUUUACAGCAUAGAGGGGCAGAGAAACUUAGCUGUUGAUGCCCAUGUAGGAGUUUAUUGGCCCUGUUCCGUAAUAGUUCAGCAGACGCAGAGGACCAUUUUUUCUAAAUGUUGAAUUUCUCCCCUACAUGUGUGGUUGUGGCCAGAAAGGGGAGAAGCUAUUUGAAGACAUGAAUGGCACAUUGCCAACACUGAGGAAUGACUUCUGGCCUGAGCAAGACCCUCAGAGGAGGGAAAAGAUGAGAAGUCAGGAGUAAAGCUUUAUCUGGGAAAGCUCAUAUUAUCUGUUGGUUGAUCUGCCCUCUCUUUCCUGUAAUGCUGUUCUUAGGACAUGCUGACUCUCAGGUGUCCUGCCUAAGACGUUUCCUCACUCAUCUGUGGCCUCUCCCAUCUCCGGACCAAUUCUAUCUCACUUUCAGCCAGUGACAUGGGACUUGGGACAUGGUUCCAUUUGGGGGCCAUCAUGAGCAAUGCUGCAUGCCCAGACAUUGACUGGAGACGGGAACUGAACACCAUGCAGUCAAUAAGAUUGCCAGUGGGGACUGCAUAGGCACAAGAGGUGGAGGUAGACGAAGAUGAAAGAAAAUUGUGGAGGGGGGGGAGUGUUUUACCUGGUUGUACAAUGCAGCUGAAGCUUAACAACAUAAAUCUUUGUAUUUGGCCUGUAAUUAGAGACUUAGCCAUGACAAAUUAAGGUGGCAUUUCAUCCACAUCAUGCAGUAUAUUUUAAUCUGUAGUUGUUUAAAAACAGAAUCAACCCAAAAUGUCUAAUAGUAAGAGGAUUUUAACAUUGUUCACAGCACACCUAUCCCAGAGAGAUGUUGGUGUUCAUGAAUUUGAAAAGAAUUAACUUGUCUACAGAUACUGAGUGUUCCUCCUUUUUGGGUAAGUUGGGGUUUCGUUGCUGAGCCAAAAGAUGGUACGUUUCAUUUUGUAACAGGUUUUGGCACCAUGCUCCCUACACACAAUACACAGCUCAUCUCUCUGUCCCCUCGUACCUUAACCAGGAUUCAUUUUAAAUAUAUGUGUAUAAUUGUAGAUUUGGAUAAAAUGACAACUCUCUGUUCCUAAUUUCCAUUUUACUAAUUACUUAAGAGACUGAGUAAAGGUUAUUCUUUAUAGACAUGUAUAUAUAGAAUGAAUUUUCCUACUUAUUUUUCUAGUUUAUGGUUUAGUUACAUACACACAGACACUUUGGUCUGAUAAUGUUGAUGCAAUGAAACCAAAAUUAUGACCUUUGCUUUUUUUCCCUUCAUAAGGUGUCACCUGUUUCAUAGUAUAAAAUAUUAUGUUCAUUUAGUCCUAAUAUAUUGUUUAAUACUGUUCAUUUCAACUAUUUAAUUUGAACUGUUCUAAAAGUUUCAAAUAAAUAUAGGUUCAGAUGUAACUUGACUAGUCUCCAGGUUUUUUUUUCCCUUUUCACAGUUAUUUUGGCCAUAUCCUCAUCCCCAAUCAAAACUGAGACAAAAAUCAACUUUGAGGAUGUUUCUCAUUUUUUAUGUGAAAUAUCACAUAUGAUUUUUGGGGGGUAUACUGGAUUUACAAUGUUGUUUUAGAUGUACAGCAAAUUGGUUCAGUUAUACAUACAUAUAUGUAUAUACGUUCUUUUUCAGAUUCUGCAUAUGACUUUUAAAUUUGAGUUGCAUCAAAUCUUGGCAGUCACAGAUUUUUUUAUCACCAUGUACUCUAGUCUAAGAAUUUGGUUUGGCAGACUUUGUUCAUGUUACAUUUAUGUCCUCAAAAAGUGUUAAAAUUUCUUUGCAUGGGUUUGCAAAUUUAUUUGAAGUUAGAGUCAUAAUAUUUUGCUGUAAUACAUAGAGACUGGCUUUCAUAUGUUUACUUAGUUUUUAAACUAUUGUUACUAAAUAGGAAACAUUGAUUUCAGUACAUUAAGGUUGGAUUUGUCUACUUUAAAAAGUAUUAUUAGGUGUGAUAGUUAAAAUGGAUUCUUAUAUGGCUUUUUUUUUUUUGAGUUUGAAAUCAUAUCUUCCAAAAAUCAUUACAAUUUCAGCUCUUUGAUACCAUUUUUGAAUUUCAUCUUUUUUCCUCUCUUUGCUGGGUUCUGACUCAAACACCUGCACUGAUUUCUAGGAUACUUCCUACUUCUAUUCUGGCACAGCCUAAAAAAAACAAAAGUCCUACUUAGAGACAGAAAGUAGAAUGGUGGUUUCCAGGCAUUGGGAGGAGAGGGGAAUGGGGAGUGGUUGUUUAGUGGGUGCAGAGUUUCAGUUUUACAAGAUGAACAGCAUUGAAGAUGGUUGCACAACACUAUGAAUGUAUUUGACACCACUGAACUAUACAUGUAAAAAUGGCUUAAGAUGAUAAAUAUUAUGUGUAUGUUUUAUUUUACAAUUAAAAAAUUUAAACAAAUUCUGUGUACAAUAAAAAUCAGUCCUGAAACUAAUCAUUUAUUCUGGAAAUCCUUAAAUUUUGUGGAUUGCAGAGUUUUUCAGUUAUUAGGAUAAUAACUAGAUCUGACUUGAAGAGACGUACACAGGAUGAGCUUUUUCUUAAUUGGUAGUGAAAAUGAAAGAUAUUUUCUUUGGAUAGAUGUUUACUCAGCAUAAAUAUUUACACUAAUGUAGAGUCACCACUCUUCUGUCCACAGUCUGUGAAUAUUGUUGUUAGAUUACAGAUCCUCUUACAAAUAAAACUAAAGAGGAGGAAGGAUUCAUUUGCUGCAGAUUCUCAGUGCUGUCCAGAACAACCAAAAUCAUAAAACACUGAAGUCUGAGAAAAGGCAUGAAGUUUGCUUUUGAGGAGGAAGCAAGAACUAAAGAAUACAAUUUGUUGUCCUUAAUUUCAUCUACACGGUCUGCCUAAUUUUCUGAUUUUAUCUUGAUUGGGACCCAUGUUAGAUACUGUCCUUUGGAUUAAAACGCUGAUGAGAUUGUCAACAGCAUUAAAAGAGAAUUCAUCAAAAUGAUGCAUAUUCUGGAAAGAGAAAGAUGCUCUGAACUCUGGAGUGUUGUGGCAGUGUCCUCAGUGAAUAUUUGGCUUCACUGGGUUUUCCGUCUAUUUGGUUCUGAAAAAGUAAUGGAAGAAAUCGAAGCAACUGUGUAAAUAAGUGGGCAUACGUGGGCAAUGCACAUAAACAGAGAAAGAUGAAGGAGAUAGGAUGGAGUCUUGAGAUCUUCCAACAGUAUCAUUUGAGAAGUCCUUGCUCUGCUUCCUGUUGCUUGGACUGUGUAUAAGUGAAAACCCAGACUACAGUUGGCAGCUGAACUAAUUACAAUGGAAUCUCGGGAAUCAGUGACCUUCGAGGAUAUAGCUGUGGACUUCACCCAGGAAGAGUGGGCCCUCCUGGACACCUCCCAGAGAAAGCUGUUCAGAGAUGUGAUGCUGGAGAACAUCAGUCAUCUGGUCUCAGUUGGUAAUCAGCUUUACAAAUCAGAUGUGAUUUCCCAUUUGGAGCAAGGAGAGCAACUUUCAAGAGAAGAGUUAGGCUUCCUGCAAGGUCAGAGUCCAGUCAUUUCAGAUAGAGAAGAUGAUCUGAAAAAACAAGAAAUGUUACCUAUGCAGCAUAUCUGCAAGAAGAACACACCUCUAAUUAGUGCAAUGAGUUCUCACAGUCAAGACGAUCCUUUGGAAUGCAACAGUUUCAGAGAAAAAUUUGCUGAAAUCUUACCAUUGACUCAGUAUGUAAUACCUCAAGUGGGAAAGAAACCCAUUAUUAGCCAAGAUGUUGGAAAAGCCAUCAGUUACUUGCCAUCCUUUAAUAUACAGAAACAGAUUCGUUCUAGAAGUAAAUCAUAUGAAUGUCAUCAACGAAGGAAUGCCUUUAUUCAAAGUCCUGCCCAUAGACAACACAGUAAUACUCAGACUGGAGAGAAAACAUUUGAAUGUCAUGUAUGUAGGAAAGCCUUCUGUAAAAGUUCUAACCUUAGACGACAUGAGAUGAUUCACACUGGAGUGAAACCACAUGGAUGUCAUCUUUGUGGAAAAUCCUUCACUCAUUGUUCUGACCUUAGAAAACAUGAAAGAGUUCACACUGGAGAGAAAUUAUAUGGAUGUCAUCUGUGUGGCAAAGCCUUCAGUAAAAGUUAUAAUCUUAGGCGACAUGAGGUGAUUCACACCAGAGAGAAACCAAAUGAAUGUUAUCUGUGUGGGAAGGCAUUUGCUCAUUGUUCUGACCUUAGAAAACAUGAGAGAACUCACUUUGGGGAGAAACCAUAUGGAUGCCACCUGUGUGGGAAGACUUUCAGUAAAACUUCUUACCUUAGACAACAUGAGAGAACUCACAACGGAGAGAAACCAUAUGGAUGUCAUCUAUGUGGGAAGGCCUUCACUCAUUGUUCUCACCUUAGAAAACAUGAGAGAACUCACACUGGAGAGAAGCCAUAUGAAUGCCAUCUAUGUGGAAAAGCCUUCACUGAGUCUUCUGUCCUUAGACGACAUGAGAGAACUCACACUGGAGAGAAGCCAUAUGAAUGUCACCUGUGUUGGAAAGCCUUCACCGAUUCUUCUGUCCUUAAGCGACACGAAAGAACUCACACUGGAGAGAAACCAUAUGAAUGUCACCUAUGUGGGAAAGCCUUCAAUCACUCUUCUGUCCUUAGACGACAUGAAAGAACUCACACGGGUGAGAAACCAUAUGAAUGCAAUAUAUGUGGUAAAGCCUUCAAUAGAAGUUAUAACUUUAGAUUGCAUAAGAGAAUUCACACUGGAGAGAAACCAUAUAAAUGUUACCUAUGUGGAAAAGCCUUCAGUAAAUAUUUUAACCUCAGACAACACGAGAGAACUCAUGCUGUAAAGUUAAUAAAUGAAGAUUCACCACCCAUACCUUCAAAGUAUAAACACUCUUGAGGACUCACAGUGAAGAAAUACUGUGUUUAUUUUCAAUGUAUAAGAGCCUUUAUUCAUCCUUAUUAAUUAACUAACGUUAAUUCACAGUAGAUGGAAUCCAUAUAUAUGUCACCCGUGUAGCAAAACCUUUAGCAGUGGACUCAUGGGAGAACAAACUAAAUGCAAUGAAUGUGGAGGAAUCUUAAUCCUCAGCUGUAACUGUUAAGCAGAUAAAUCACAUGUCAGAGAAAUUCCAAUAUAUAUCUGUAAUUAGUGUAGAAAUACCUUCAGUUAUAAGUUAUCCUUUAAAUAAGUAAACCACAGAGGAGAGAAACUCUAGACCUGUAAUCGCUGUGCACGUGUCUAACUUAGCACCACUCUUGGCACGCAUCUGAAGAUUCAGUGUCAGGUAACUGCUAGUGGAAACAAACUAGAACAUGAAGAAGAUGGAAGGCAUUUGGAGUAUCCCCUUCUAGAAUGCCUGACAUACAUACACUAAUUCAUGUGAUAACAAAAGUGCUGCCCCUCAUAGUGGUGCAUGAAACACCCAGAAAGCAGGGGGAGCAGAAGCAGCCAUGGUCUCCUGACCUUGCCCAUAUUGCCCUGUCAGCACCCGUGAAUCCACAAAUCCCCAACUGGGAGUGAGACCCAGGAGUCCCAGCCCCUACCAUACGUGAACACAGGAGGCUGAGAGAGGGGAAGGUGGAGCUUCCUUCCACCAGGGUAACAAGAAGGCCUGGGCCUUGGUGCCCAUUUGAACAUGACUAGUAACCAUGUUUCACAGGUGGCAAAAUGGAGAACACAGAUGUUUGUAGUUAAUUUAUCCCAUGUUUUUCUGGGAUAUACAUAUGGACUCAAAGGGAUGGAAAACAUACUCCACAUAAAUGGAAGUAAUGAGAGCAGAGGUAGCCAUGUUUACAUCAGACAGGGACUAAUUCAAAACUGAGUUCAUCAGGAUAUGUAACAUUUGUAAAUAUGUCAUACAAUAUAACACCCAGACUAAAGUGCAGAAAAUACCUUAUGGUGAUCAAAUAGAGGAAGCAUUCCAAAAUAAAGGGAGAUAAGAUGAAGGAAAGAUUUCUAUUUUAUUUUAUUGUAUAAAAAAUAUAAGAAAUGAAUCAGAGUGCACGUGUUCAUGUAUGUCUAUAUGUGUGUGUGCACAAUAAAACUACAGAAUAUAAAACAGUAUGUGAAGUUACAUGAAAAAUUGGUCAAUUGUAUUUUACAUGUACAUGUCAAAUAAAAUGCAUUAAUUUUAUUCAGUCCUCAGUGA